CCUUGUGGGUGUAUGUUUUCAUCCCAGCAGCAACAGCAGUUUAUAAAAGAAGAAAACUCUCAAAACCUUACCAGAGGAAGAACUCCAUGUGCCUUGCUCUGGGAGGGGCCAGGACGUGCACUAUGAUCAGUGAAGGUGUGGUCAUAGUUACUGCUGCUGGGUUUCACCUGAGCACAGAAUAAGCAAGCCUCCCCUGCAGUGACACGGUGACAGGCCUCGAAGGACUCGCGUUUAAAUUGGACCUGAUCUCUUUAAGGGUUGAAAUGGAUCAUACGCGCCGGAGUGUGUGGCUGAAGGUGGCUGUGCUGUUUCUAAUAGCGACUCAGCUGAGGACAGAGGCGUUGGUGAUAGAAGCGUCGGGGCCACAGACUGUUCAGAAAGCAGAAGGGGAAUCCGUCAACCUCGUGUGCAAGUACACUUUAGAGGCAGUAGACACAGGAGAACUGGACAUAGAGUGGUCUAACGUCAGUCCGGACCCGACGCAAAAAGACAACCUGAUCUUAUCUUACACAGUUACCGAGACACACCACUAUGACACAUCCCUUUCCAAAAGGCUGAAAUUUUCGACCGACCCAAGGAAUGGAGACGCGUCUAUCACCAUCUCGGAGUUGAGGGCCUCAGACAGGGGAACCUACCAGUGUAAAGUGAAAAAGGCACCAGGCGCUGACAUGAGAAAAGUCACUCUGGAUGUACAGACUCCCCCCUCCUCGCCGAAGUGUUGGGUGGAAGGCGCUGAGGAGAAAGGAGGGUCCGUGUCCCUCCGCUGUAAGUCCUCCAAGGGAAGCAUUCCUCUCAGUUACGUGUGGAAGCGAGAGACGGGGGGUGCUAUGCCGACCACUGCCACUCAAGAUGCAGAGACUGGAGAGCUGCUGAUAAAGAACCACACAGACAGCUACACCGGAACCUAUACGUGCGAGGUGAAAAAUAAUGUGGGCACGGCACAGUGCAAAUAUGUCCUGCGUGCAUACAACCCUACCAAUAAAGUGGGCGUCAUAGUCGGCGCGGUGAUAGGUGCUCUGCUGCUGCUUCUCCUCCUCCUGUUUCUCAUCUGGCUCCUGCUCUGCUGCUGCCACAAGAAGCGCUACCAGAAGGAGGCUGCAAAUGAAAUUAGGGAGGACGUCGCCGCUCCCGAGAGCAGACCCCCCAGCAGGCAGUCCAGCCGGCAGUCAUCGGCGGUGGGGUACCGCACUCACCACGGGGUGCAGUACACGCCGGUGAGCCGGCAGCAGUCCAGCGUCAAUGGAUCGCGUUCCAUCUACAGAGCUGGCAGCGAGGCGGCGAGCACAGCGGGGAACAGAGUAGCUUCUCUUGAAUAUGACCAUCAAUACGGAUAUGCUGUCUAACCGCAAGCAUGUUUUUUUUAAAAAAAAAAAAGCUCAAACUGUGUAAAAUGUAAAUUAUAGCCUUGUGAAGGAAACGCUAUGUAAAACAUGCAAGUUACUCAAAGUGCAAUCCCAGUGGGAGCGCCUCGCUGUGACGCAUCACUGCUUUCAGGUUCUCAUCGUCUAAAUCACAAAUUCUGCGGAAACUUUAUGUAAAAUGUAUAUAACAAACAUUUACAUCGUUUAUUAAGGUGUUUUUACCUCUAACAUAAGGAAGUACUGUAUGAUUGUAAUGCCUUUUUUUAAAUAUGUACAGAAUAAAACAUUUGCCUUUGAUA